AUACAGGCGCUCUGUCUUAUAUUCAAUAUACUGGAUGUCCAACAGACCGGUUCCCUAACGGAUAGGUUCUAUGCGGUGCUCUACCGGCACUUAUUGGACGUACAGCUGGAGUACUGUUCCCGUCGGGCGAUGCUUUUGAAUCUGGUGUAUAGGGCUAUGAAAAGGGAUCCCGUCUUAAGGCGUGUCAAAGCGUUCGUCAAACGGCUAUUACAGGUGGCGGUAACCCAGUCGUCAUCAGUGGCCACAUCUAUACUCAUAUUGAUAUCAGAAGUGAUUCACUCGAAACCCGGACUAGUAUUGAACAAAGAGGUGAUGGAACAGACGGUUGUGACUAAUAAUACCGGCGCUGACGAGUCAGACGACGAGCACUACGAAGACGUGCCACUGAGUGAUGAAGAGGGAGAGACAGUGGCGGACAGUCAGCCGAGCACUGGUAGUGACAACAAAAAGGCGAGCGUUUCAUGGGUUCACACCAAGAAUAUCGACACCAAUCGGCCGAAGAGCUCGUAUUACGACCCGUCGGCCCGCAAUCCGCUGUUUGCCUGCGCGGAGACGACAGCCCUCUGGGAACUGGAUGUCAUGGGACGACACUUCCAUCCGUCGACCCAAAUGUUCGCCCAAAAGAUUGUCAAUAACGAGAGGAUUGACUAUUCGGGCGAUCCUUUGGUCGACUUUUCUGUGAAACAGUUUUUGAAUCGAUUUGUGUUCAGAAAUCCCAAGAAAAUGGAUAAACGAGUGAAAAAGUCGACGCGAGAGAGUCGAGUGUUCGGCCGAAUACCGGCGCCAACCACUGGCGAUACCGGUGCUGUCGUGGCCGACAUUACCAGCAAAGACUACGUGAACCAAUCGGAAAGUCGUGUACCCGUGGAUGAGCUCUUUAUAUACAAUUAUCUGAGACAAAGACAAUCGAUGGCCUCCGCGGCCAAAGGGGACGACUCGGACGCCGAGAGUGUGACGAGCGUUGAGUUCGAGUCGCUAUUGGAUCGCUUGGAACCCAUGUCUAAAAGGGAACGGGAUUUGGAUUUUCAUAAGGAUUUCUCUAAGAAGUCCUCUAAGAGUAAGAGAGAUGACGACGACUCGGCCGAUGAGGGCUCGGAUGGGGACAGUAGUGCCGAUGAGGACGAGUUCGGCGACGACUCGGCCGCUGACGACGAGGACAUGGAGUUCGAUGCGGACGACCCGGACUUUGCCGACGCCUUCGAUGGUAUCGAUGAGGACUUGGAGGAGGCGUUUGGCGAUGAGGACGACGACGGGUCAGGGGAUGAGGACAGGGAUGGUGCGCCUGCGAAGCGACCCAAACGUAACAAAAAAGGCUUCGAUAGCGUGACUAACAGUGUGUUCGCGUCGGCCGACGAGUUCGCGGAGCUCCUGGAGGACAAUGAGUCCGAUAGUGAUAUAUCAGGCGCUGAGGAGUCGGCUAAAGGUGUCGGUGCGAAAGGGAAGGGUAAGGCCGACAGAAAGGCCGAGUUUAGGGCUAAGAGAAAGUUGGGUCGAAAUCACAGCAAAAAUAAAAAGCGGAAAAAAGUGAAUCCAAAGGAUUUGUUGUAA